UUGGAUUUCAUUGGUUUUAUGAAAGAAGGCGUUUGCAGAUUUUCGGCAGAUGAUGCGCGAGAUUUGAUUCAGCGCUAUUUGACGGAGCAGCCGGAUCCGAAUAAUGAGAAUAUCGUUGGUUACAAUAACAAAAAAUGUUGGCCACGCGAUGCGCGAAUGCGACUGAUGAAACACGAUGUAAACUUGGGACGCGCGGUCUUCUGGGAUAUCAAGAAUCGUUUGCCGCGAUCUGUUACGACUGUGGAAUGGGAGAAUUCUUUUGUCUCCGUGUACAGCAAAGAUAAUCCCAAUCUUUUGUUCGAUAUGUGCGGAUUUGAAUGCCGAAUCCUGCCCAAGUGUCGUGUGUCAACCGAGGAACUCACUCAUCGUGAUGGUAUUUGGAAAUUGCAAAAUGAGGUUACCAAAGAACGUACGGCACACUGCUUUUUGAAAGUUGACGAGGAGUCGCUGCUUAAAUUUCAUAAUCGAAUCAGGCAGAUCCUCAUGUCUUCAGGAUCAACAACGUUUACCAAGGCUGUAACUCGCUGGGGUUCAAAAGAAAUGGAAUUCUGA